AUGCCUCCGAAAAUUGUUCCGGCAGCAGGCGACGUGCCAGAUAUUUCUCGCGAUGCCCUCCGAGCUUUCCAAACACUCAAAUUGGGCGGAGCUGUCAUUGUCCCAACCGACGUGGGCUAUGCGCUCCUGGCCAGCACGCAAGCCGGUGUUCAGAAAAUCUUUGCAGCCAAAGGCCGCGAAAAGAGCCACAACAUUGGCAUCAUUGGGACGUACCAGCAGCACCGACAGAUUCACGUGCUGCCAGACGUCAAAUUCCAGUUUACUCGGGCUUUGACGGAAGAUAUGGGCAUGAUUGUUGGAAUCAUUGCCAAAUUCGAUACCGUCAACCUUCACCCGCGACUGGCAGCACUGGACAAGACCACGCUCCAACAAGUCACCAAGGGAGACACAGUCAGCAUCGCGAUUCCAGAGGGGCCGUUUUUGCGGGAGCUUGGCAGGCUCUGUGAUGCCGAUCCAGACGGCAUGCUGAUAUUUGGGACCUCUGCCAACGCCACUGGGCAAGGGCAACGGUUCCGUAUUGAAGACAUUGAACCAUCCGUGCUUGGCCCCGUCGAUCUGGUGGUUGAUUACGGCUUGCAAAAAUGGCACACGUAUGGCUGCGGAGGCAUCAACUUUGACGUCGAAAACAUGCGCGUUCUGCGGGCGGGUGCUGGAUACGAGGUAUUCAAGGACAGGGCCAAGAGAUGGUUUCCUCAUUUGUUGGAGUCAACGGGCGCAAUCCUUGACUGA